CACAGGAGUCUAUCGCAAAUGCAUCGUGCCUUAUAAUAGUUCAGCUGCGGUCGUUUGUACAUCUAGGCAGAUCGUUUCCGCUGCAACUCCUAUCCGAGUGCUCUAGCUGAUUACCGCGAAUAGCUCUUAAAGGUUUACAAGUCGUUCCUGUACUCGUUUUUGCGUCGCUUGCACUGAAAGGGGCGGAUACCUAGGCAGGUGUAAAAUUGAGCUACCCUCUACUGUUUGGCUUUUUAUGCCCUUCAAAAUGGACUACACGAGCGUGAAUAAUGCAUAUUAAGAGACGGGUAUAAGCGGGUGCUACUAUCAAGGAGCAGAGACGUUAGCCGCAUGUUCGCCUAAGAAUCGCAGGCGCAGCUUCGAUCCGCUGCCAAGGAUCGCAUCAGGUUGUGCGUCAGCAUGGAAGAUAAAGAUACAGGGCAGGUCCCUGGUCCGCCAACACCUCCAACGGAGCUUAGCACGAAAGGUGCACGGCCCACCAUUGCGCUCGGCAUCAGCCUGACCGGGCGCAAUGUAAACGAUACAGCGGUGGCCGGCUUAUCAGGGGAACAUAUUGAUACUUUACCAUGGUCCUCCGACGCGCUGGAGGGCUACCGGGAGCGCAUGAAGCAGCGCUCCUUCCACCUCAUGCUGCCGGAGGACGACCCGCUGUCGGCCAGGCUGGACGCAGUCUUCUCGCUGCCUCAGGAGUUGUGGCCCAUCCUGCCGCCGGGUGCGGUGUACUGCAUGGAAACCCAUGACCCGCGGGUCGGUUUCGGCUACCUGCAGCACACCGACUACCCGGAAGUCAAGGUCCGCAUCAACACCUACUUUGGCAAGUACUCCCGCCACCUGGUGGACUUUGCGGUGUUCUGGCGGCCGCCCUGGCGGCACUCCUCCUGGCAGUCGGGCGCGGCGCCGCCCCCGGACCUGCCCUGGGAGCCGCGGCAGGUGCUGGGACACACCACCAGCGGUGAGUACCAGUACAGCCGCACGCGGUUCCGCUUCCGCGGCCGCCGCUCGCUGAUGGAGCCGGAGCGGGAGCCGCUGGAGUGGUGCGAUGCGCACGGAGUGGACCACCAGGACACCAAGGCUGCCAACGAAAGCGCCCCCCGCAACAGCGACAAGGACAAGGAUGCGCACAUCCUGGACCCGCCACGACCCUCCACUUGGGGCGAGCUGGCGCGCAGGCCCCUCAUCGGCCGCAUGCGCAGCCGCGGCGGCGGCGCCUACGUGCACCACAUGCUGUACGACCACUCGGGCCAGCGUACGACAUGCGGCCGGCGGGUGCCCGCCGGCUACCUCUUCACGCUCAUGCCCACCGUCGCAGCGGCGGCAGCGGCCAUGAGGCCCGCGUCGCCAGCCCGACGGCCAACAGCGCCGCCGCCGCCGCCAGCGGUCUCCAUCGUCUCCACCUCCGCCAGCCCGCUCCCUGGCUCCGCUAGCCCAACCGCCGCGCCGCCGCCAACCGUCGCCAGUACGACAUGUCCCUGCCCCACGCCAGUCGCCCCCGCCACGCCCGUCUCCAUGGCCCCCGGCAGCCCUACCGCUGCAGCUACUGCGGCUAACGACUGCGGCGCCUCUUCCGCAGUCGCAGCCGCCACUGCCGAUAAGGACAUCCCCGCCUCUGUCAUCUUCUCCACCGCUGCCUCCAUUGCCUUCGCCAAUCCACCCGCGGCCUCGCUAAAUGGUGAGUCCGGCAGCGCUCCUGCCGCCGCCGCCGCCUCCGGACUCGCACGCAGCCAGGGCAGCAGCAGCAGCCGUAACGCCUACCGCGCCAGCAGCGUGGGACGGCUGCGCAGCGCCGGCAGCGGCGGCGGCCUCUCCCGCCCUCCACCCCUCAGCACAGCCUCCUCCAUCUCACCCCCCAAGACCGCGCCCUCCGCUCUGCAAACCGCGGCUUCCGUCGUGGCCUCCAACUCCUGGCCCCCACCGCAGCAGCAACAGCGCAAAAACGCCAGCCCCAACCAGGCGGCCACACAGCGAAACCAACUCCCAUCACAGCAGCAACAGCAACAACAGCAGCAGCGACCGCCGGGGGCCUUAUCCGAUGUACGGCGUUGGAGUACGUACGACGUGGCUUUCGGGCACCCCCUGCACACCGCUCGGGCGAUUGAUUUGGGUCUGGCGGCGGCAGCAGCGGAGGCGCCGCCGGGGGGGUCGGGUGUACGGCACUUUAGCGACACUGCGGCGGUACUGCAGGCGGUUGAGAAGGAGCUGCGGUUGCCUCGGGCGUUCGUGCCUGCCCCGCUGGUGCUGGGCCGGUGGGAGGAGGUACCCGGGCGCUAUGCGCACCACCUGGCGGCUGCGCGGGAGCUGAUGCCGGUGUCGGAGGAGGACGCUUCCACCACCUCCAAGCUGCACCUGAUGCUGUACCACCUGCAGCAUGCGGCGACACUCGAGUACGACAGGCUCGACGCCAAGCUGGUUCUGCUGCCUCAGUUGGCCCGGCUGGGUCGCAAGAGCGCGGAGAUUGACGCGUGGCUGCAGGUCAUCGUGGACCAUGCCACCUACCUGUACGGCAAGCUUCACAUCACCGACAUGCAGCGCUGGCCCCAGGCCCGCCGCCUGCUGCGCCGCUGCGUGCAGCAGGCGCCCCAGCCGCUACCCCAGCUGCACCCGCUCUACCCACAAGCCCCCGCCCGCUGUGACACCCCCGUCUCGCACUACUACCCCAGCCCGCCGCCCACCCAUGCGGCGGCCACUGCUGCGGAUGCGCUGCGCCGGAGCGCUAGCGUGGCGGCGUACGGAUCUCGGAAAUCGUACGUGUUGGCUAGUCAGCAGCAGGAGCAGCGGCGGCAGCAACGGCAGCAGCCCGGCGGGCAGGGUCCGCAGAGGCAGAAGAGGAACCAGCAAGGGGGUCAGCAUGGAGGGCAGGGGCAAGGGGGGCAGGGACUGCAGGACGGGCAGGACUACCUGCACCUGCCGUACCCCUUCAUCACGAUUGAGGAGUGGGCGGCAAUUACCAAAAUCAUGGAUUCCUGCCGGCAUGCACCGCUGUACGAGCGUUGGGUGCGGCUAAGGCCGCUCAUGAUCGGCGCCGCCCAGCCCGGCUCCUACUGGGCUGUCCGCGACCCGCGCGAGGACGAGGGCGAGCUGGGUGCGGUGACGGCGGGGGCGCUGCAGGUGGUGGCGCUGGCGGACAGCCCGCCCGACCCGCACUCCUUCGGGCCCGUGAACGGAGACCUGCUGGACUACCUCAGCCAGGACAUGGCUGCCAUGUGGUCGCCCGACUACGACCCGCCCCCGCCCCCCCUGGAGGACUUCCCUCGCCCCCGCGGCUAUCACGGGGAGGGCCCCCCGCCCCCAGAGCUAGCGGCUCCGGAGCCCCGGCGCUGCCGACCCAUCCGCUGCCGGGGUCGCGAGGAGACGCCGCUGCCUGCGUGGAUGGCGGGGCUGGACGUGUGGCAUAACACCACCAAGAUGGAGCAGGCUGACCCCAGUGAGGUGGACCCCCAUGCGCCGGUGGACCCGGGGGCGGUGAAGGUCAACCAGGCGGCACUCAAGCGACUGCAGGCUGCCAAGGACUUCGCCACCUCGCGUCAGGCGGAGGUGCAGCGCGCCAUGCGCAAGGCCCGGGGGGUGCCCCGCGGCGCCCUGGAUCCGGAGCGGCCGCAGUGCGACUGCCCGGUGCCGGGGGAGCCGCCGGCGGAGGAGCAGGAGGACUGGGAGACGGGCUCGCUGGCGUCCACCUACACGGCCACCACGGGCAUCACCGGCCGCACGCGCGACUACCCCGCCAGCACGCUGGGUGCGGGGUCGCAGUUCAGCAGCAGCAACCACCCCUUCAACGGCAGCGGCCGCAACCUGAGGUGGAUUGGCAGGGUGGACUCGCUGGCCCGGUCGCUGAGGUCGGGGUGGGGAGGCACCAACAGCCCCUCCGCCGCCGGAGCGGGUGUGGGCACACAGACCGUAUGGGAGCCGGAGAAGCUGGAGGACCCCCUGCUCACUGCUGCCAAGGAGGCGGCGGCGGCGGAGGCGGCGGAGAACCGGCGGCGGCUGCUGCGCGGCAACGGCGGCAAGACGCGCGAGGAGAUCCUGGAGGAGGCCCUCAACGCGGCGGACGCCGCCAUCAAAGCCAUUCAAAAGUACGCAGCCGACCCGCCAGACCUCUCCGCAGACCCCAACGCCGACCCCGACCGCCCUGGCACCCCCGGCGGCGCCACCAGCCCCCGCGAAGCCGCCUACCGCCGCGGGGCAUGGACCGACCACUUCUCCGAAACCGGGGAGUUCCGCCGUACAGGCACCGGCACUGGAACCGGGGAUGACGACGACAGCAGCAGCAACAACAAGCACCCGCUGGCGUACGACGCGGCGCCCAUCCCGCGUGCGGCCACGCCUCGUGCCUCGCUGGGCACGGACGAGCCGGACGAGGCGGGCAAGAGGGAUGCCGUGUGGCGGCAGCUGAGGAGCGGGAUGAGCAUGAAGCGGACGAGCUCGAAGAAGAAGACGACGGAGGAGCCGGAGGAGGAUGCGAUGCCGGGGGUGGAGGGAGCGAGGGGUUUGGUGGGGUACGGAAUCGGCAUGGGCGCGCUGGUGGAUUAUGAGACGGCAAUGGCUCGCCGCCGGGCCAUCGCGGAGGCGUCCGUGUCGCUCAAUCGCGGUCGCUUCCUGACCGACUCCGAGAUCAAACAGCUCUUCAUCACCUUUUGCAACAUGGAGUCGCGACCCGACCUGGUGCGGCUGCUAGACAAUCACAUCAAUGCGCCGCUGUCGGCGGCGGCGCUGGCGGCAACAGCGACGAUGCCGUUCGGUGCCAGCGGCGGCGCUCCGGCGGCGGUGAAUUCCAGGACGGAGGCGCUGAAGCAGCGCAUUCGGGGCACGGCGUGGCUUCUGGGGGUGACCUGGCGCCGCAUCACCAACGAGACCUACAACUCCUUCCUCUCGCGUGUGCUGGGCUACCCGUCUGAAUUCGCCACCUCGCUGCCGCGCACCCGGUGUACUAUGCUCAUUGCGCGGGCGCUGGUGCAGGGUCACGACCCCACCGCGCCGCUCAAGGUCAGGCGGUGAGGGCCGACUCCCGGUUGAAGCGGUGGGAAGAAUGGUGCUUGGGAGGGAGGUGUCGGGAGGGAGGGCUGGUUGUUUCGGGUGUUGGGGUAUGCAGGGAUGGAGGGAGGGAAAGGAGGAGGUGGGGUGAGGAAAGGGCGGCGGCCGCGCGGGGAAGGAGGAUUGGCUGCGUAGGUGUUGUACCCGUUUGGGGCGUGUGGAAUAUGGCCAUUGAAGGGAAGUUAUGGCCUAGGAGGGCAGUUAUUUUUAAUAUUGGUAUGUCUCUGUAAGGCGCGCGCGUUUCGUGAUAACGUCAAGGACACAUGCAUUGGGACUUGCAUAGCGUUCGACUUAUACAUUGGAAAGGCUAUUGAUGCAACGCCCCGCCAGACGCAGACGUGCACUAUAAAACCUUAUGACGAAUUACUACUGGUUGGAUGCCUUGGCACGGCUACUGUGUUUGGGCGCGCAGGUUGACCUUGUUGUGGAAGGACGUGGGUUGGUGCAGGUGCUUGUGUUGUGUUGACGGGGCAGCCAUGCAGGUGCAGAAGUGCUGUAGGGAUGGGGGCAUGGGAAAGCUGAAAUGCCAGGGAGAGACGCGAUCUUUUGUCGACUGAGGUCGUUGUUGCAGGUGAAAAUAUCGUACCACAUGACAUCAUUAGCAGGCUUGGCUUGCAGGUGGGGAGCCGGGGAGGACACCGGGGCAGUGCCAGGUUGGAGCGUGUCUGGUUUGCGUCCAUGAUGGGACAACCUUGUGGGUGCAACUUCCAGCAGAAUUGCUGCAACGCCUGAGCCGGUGUGUUUGUCCUUUUGUAAGUUAUGCUGGAGGCCCUUUUUGGGCUUUAUGGGAUUGUGUCGUGCGAUGAACUUCGGGGACGUUGGUUACUUAUUUCGAAAGCAGUGUGUUGUAAACUGUUGUUGCCCUGUCGCACGUAGACAUGUACGGCCUGCAAGACUUAUUCGGGCUUCUUCGUAAGCACCUGCGGCCGGCCAUGCAUAAAAACUUUUCAUUUUCGUGAGCUUUGCGCCCGUGGAAUUGUGGUGGCGGUAGUUAAACCUGUGUGCUCAUCCCCCAUCUGGGUGCCGUACAGCUGUCGCAGUAGCGCACCCGUUCUUGAAUGCAAAGAUAGCCCUUGUUGAAUGUACAGGCCGUAGGUCCUAGAGAGCUAUGACUGCCUUUCUUGG